ACUAGCCUCUAGGGCAACCACCCACUGAUUUACCGAUUGCAGAGCUAUGCAAGGUAAAGGGGGUAAAUAUUCAGGAAUUUAAACGUCACGUACCAAAUUUUGAUGUGUUAAAUAUGAACAAUUUUGUCAAAUAUUUAAUAGGAAGUCAAAUUGGACUAUUGAGCAAUGUAAUGCAUCAGUGGUACGGACGGCAUGUGGAAUAUAUCGGUUAUAAUGACAAUAUUGCUGCACCAAAUCACGGUCAUCGCAGUAUAAAAUAGGCGACGAAAACCAAUAUAUUACAAUUUUAUAAUAUCACAUACGAGCGCGGCUGUCGGUGGCGGAGCGCGUCGAACGGUCGCGAUUGCGGACAUACGCGGCGGCCGACAGUCGCGAUAGCGAACGUGCCGAAGUCGCCCAAACAGUGUGCGGACGCGAUGAAUACCGUCCGAUCGUGUUUCGCCGCAACCGUCUCGUUUCUCGCUUUCGCGAUCGGCUGGUGGGCCGCCGACGCCGUUGUCUGUUGCAACAGCAGUUCAGUCGCGAGCGGCGGCGGAGUCGCGUCUUGCCAUAACGAAAACCGGACGUUCCACACGGUCGAGGCGAUCGGCGACGGCAGGUGCGAUGACAACCGGACGGCUUUGCCGGUCCGGAAGUGCUGUCCUCCGGGCCAGCCGUACGAUCCGGAAGUGCGGUUCUGCGGACCGGCCGGGGCGGGCGGCGACGAGUACCUGCGGCGGAUGAUGCAGCGACUGAAGAACGGAUUCCGGGCGGUGACCGAUGCGGUGAUGGUGGGUUACGACUAUGAGCAGCCACUGUGCGACCCCGCGUACGUGCUAGUCGACGUGCCCGCCGCGGAGGUGCGCGGACUGAUGGAAACCGACCCGUCGGCCGUCGAGUUGCCGCUGGGCUACUGCUUCGACCUGACGCCGUCCGAUGAGCUGGUGGCCCGGACGUGUCGGCCACGCGACCAGUACUGCGGCCGGGGCCGUUACACGUGCGUCAACAAGUGCUGCAAGCGCGACCGGAUGAUAGUCGCCGGCGCCGACGGUCGGAAGUGUAAGCAGAGCGAGAAGCCGUUCACGAUGUCCUCCUAUGAAACAGACGCGGACGACCGCCCGGUGGGCCAGUCGAACAGCACGGUGCUGCCGUACUAUUUACAACUCAAGUGUUUCGACAGGGAUACGGUGGACGACGGGUUCAUGUUGACCACGGAUGGCAGCCUUUACCUUAACGGCGAUGGCCAACGCGUACCGGAGACCGAGUACUGCGUGGAGUAUUUGGCCGCGGCCGGGCCACAGGUGGCCGCCGUCCUGCAGGCGUUCGUGUGCGAAUCGGACGAACCACUGGCCACGGCCGAGGAUACCCGUGGCAGCUGGAAGUACUUCGUCACUCUGGCCGGUCUCGUGCCUUCUGUCGUGUGCCUGGCGCUUACGCUGCUCGUGUACGCCACACUGCCCAGCCUCCGGAACGUCCACGGCUACUACAUCAUGUGCUACGUGGCCUGCCUGCUAGUGUCGUUCAUAUGCCUAAUAAUCCUCCAGUGGGCCCAGGAAGCCAUGAGCAGCAAUUUGUGCAUUCUAUCCGGUUAUUUUACAUUAUUUGCAUUUCUGACGUCAUUUUGCUGGUUAAACGUAAUAUGCUUCGAUAUUUACUGGAUGUUAAGCUACAAAGAAGUAGGCAGGUACAACAAUUCAAUAAACAGACAUAGAUCAAUAUCAGUACGUACCAUCAUGUACCAUAUUUACUGUUGGGGAUUUUCAAUUGUUUGCGUAUGUACUGGAUAUUUAUUUCAACAUUCACAACACGAAACGCUACUGAAAUUCGCACCCGAUAUUGGUCACCGUAGUUGCUGGUUUUUCAAACCCACUGGCUACGGAAUCUUGAUUUUCUUCGUAAUACCCGUGUCUGUUAUGCUGACUGCCAAUUUAAUUUUGUUCUCGCUAACUGCUUAUCAUUGUUCCAGAAUUAAAUCUGAACUUAAUAAAUUCAAACGAACCGAUGAUUCAAAAACACAAAGAUUUCUUGUUGACAAAGAGAAAUUUGUAAUGAGCAUUAAACUAUUUCUGGUUAUGGGAAUCCCAUGGUCAUUUGAGAUGAUAUCUAAAUUAUUCCAAAAUCAAUGGAUCAUAUUAUGGGUUAUUUUAGAUGAAAUUAACGCACUACAAGGAGUGAUGAUAUUUAUUAUAUUUGUGGCCAAGAGCAAAGUUAUUAUGAAUUUACGGAAAAAGUUCAGAGGUUCAAUGUAUCACAGUGAGUCGACAAAAAUGACCACUACCUCUGGGUUUUCACACAGCGGCAGUGCUAAUAAAAGUUAUAAUGAUUCCUAAAUUCAAUAUGUAUAUAAUAUGUAGUAUUAAGACUAGGCCUUAGGGCAUAAAAAAAAUUAUUAUUUUUGUG